UAUCAAUAACAUAAGUCGCAUAUUCCCGUGGAUGUAAGCCUCACCCACUGUGAGGAAGAACCACGUAAAAUCGUUGUCUCUCGUAUCGCUUUCACAUAAUUUUACAUGGUAUCAGAGCUGUGCUAAGCUCCAGUUCCUUGUUUCUCGCCCGCCAUGAGUCUCGACGGUGAAGAGCCCCAAGGCAGCCCGUCCGGCGGAGCCACAAUCAAGGUCGAAGAAUCUCUUCCCUCUGUUUAUCUUCUUUCCCCAUCAGAUGGUCCUGGUAAUCUCCUCGUCGGUGAUGUCUUGACGGCGUCCAAUUUCAGUGAAUGGGUCCUUGACAUGAAGGAUGCCCUAAUUGCCAAGAACAAAUAUUGUUUCGUUGAUGGUUCUCUUCUCAAGCCCACCAACGCGUCAGAGAAGGCUGCUUGGAUACGCUGUGAUGCCAUGGUGAAUGGUUGGUUAAAAGCUUCUAUGGACAAGGAAAUCCGAAGCAGCAUACGCUUCGCCGAACACGCUGCGGAAAUAUGGGCCAAUCUUCAAGAAAGGUUUGGUAAAGGAAGCUCGUCUCGCGCAUACGAAUUGCGCCAUCUCAUCAGCCUCUUACAACAAGAUAAGAACACCGUUUCCUCCUUCUAUACUCGUUUACGUGGUUACUGGGAGGAAAUUUCACAAAUUGCUCCACUGCCGAGCUGUGUUUGUGGUAUUUGCACAUGUGGGGUAUCCAAGAAAGUGCGAGAACAACAAGAUACAGCACGCCUCUUCGAGUUCUUAAUGGGCCUAGACGAAACGUUCAGCGCCAUUCGAUCCCAGAUCCUGGCGUCGCGUCCCGUUCCAGCCCUCAGUGAAGCUUUCCACAUGCUCCUGAACGAGGAACAGCAGUGAAGCGUCUCCCAGAAUCGCAACGCUCCACCUGAAGCUGCUGUCUUUGUUGCUAAAGGGGAUUCCGACAAGCAGGCGCGCAGCACAGGGGAUAACAAGAAACGCCUGCGUUGCACACAUUGCCAGCGCAUCGGACAUACCCGUGACUCGUGCUAUAAGCUCGUGGGUUACCCACCAUGGGAUGAAAAGGGAGAAAGGCCUCAACGACGUCGACCCAACACUAAUUCAGGGGCUGGAGUCCUCGGCCGCGAGCCGAAAGCUUCACAAGUGGAAUCCGAACAAAGCCCUAUUCCUGGC